AUGCAGGGAGUAGCUGAGCUGAUAGCGGCCACCGUGGAGACUACGCUGAGGGAGAAGUACAUGGGAGAGAAGAUCCCCGCCGUGUGGCUCACGUUCGAGAAUCGCAUCGCCGGGAAGAGGAAGCAAGCUGAUGUGCUCUCCUGGAAGGAAACCGCUUCCUGUGCCGUGGAGAGUGGAAUAUUCGACAGCAGUGAGCUGGUGCAGGCGGUGACGUUUCUACACGACCUUGGCUCGGUGCAGCACUUCAGUAACGAGUUGCUGCGUGAUAGAGUCGUCAUCAACCCUCAGUGGAUCGUCGAUGUCAUGUCUUGCGUCGUCUCUGUCAAGGAUUCCGCGAUCAAGGAUGGCAGGUUCUAUCACAAGGACAUGGACCGCGUGUGGAAGCAGUACCCGCGCGACUUCCGUCCGUGGUUGCUGCGUCUCACCGAAGUCUUCGACCUCACCUACCCUCUACCCGACGCAGCCGUUAACAUGGUGCCCUGUCUGAUGCCCGAGGCAGAGCCCGAGUAUGAUUGGCCGGACGUGGAGGCAGAGUCUGAGGUGAAGCAGACGCGAAUGCUGUACAGGUUCGCUUACCUGCCAGCAGGCCUCUUCAACCGUGCACAGGUGCGUAUGUGUGAGUUCUCUGAUAGCUCAGCGAUCUGGAAGCGAGGUUCCCUGCUCAGGAAGAACGGACAUCAGGCUCUGGUCAAGCAGAUCUCACCUGUUGAGUUGCUGGUGAAGGUGCAAGGACCGAUGCCUGAGAACAUCAUGUUCCUUGUCCACGAGGUGUUUGAAACGCUCGUCGCAGAGUCGUUCGAUGGCGUCAGAUAUGAUUUCUUCAUGCCAUGUCCCGACUGCCUCAAGGUCAUUCGAGAGCCCUACAUGUUUUCGGCAGCGAAGGUGCGACUGGCGUCCGAACUGAAGGCUCCAUUUCUACAGUGUGAGAAGAUGUUCCACAUAGUCGCGCUGCCCGAACUCAACGCGUCCAUGCCUCCUGAGCCCCACUCGACCUUGGACGCUCACCUUGAGCGGGCCAUCCACGCGCUCAGCGACCUUGAGAAGGUCAUGCAGCAGGACGUGUUCUUCGUGUACAGCGCGGCGGACGCGCGGGCGGAUGGACGUCGCGUCGUCGACCCCACCGCCAUUUUGCGCGACCUCAACGCUGCUGACGUCACGUGCAUCUGUGCAGCCGAUCCAACGAAGAUCACUCACCAGGAGAGCUUGCUGUUGAAAGACUCGCAGGUUCUGCUGCUCGGCAUCUCGAACGAGUUUGUCGCGGACGAGGGUUGCUGCGACCUCGCCCUGUUCGCCGUCAACAACCUACGCAAGCAGGUGGCGCUAGUGGUGCUCGGCGACGGCUUCGAGUGGAAGCGGUCGGACUUUGCGAUGCGCAUUACCGAGGGCGACGAGGUGUACGUUGACAUGAGAGACAUCUCACGAUAUGACUACAAGAUCCAGGAUCUGAUACGGGACAUGAAGAUCAGAACGAGCCAAGAAAAGGCGCCGACUGAUUCCUUUCCAAAGUGCUUCGUCAGCUAUUGCUGGGCUAACUCACAGAAUGCAGUAGAUCUGGGCGCGCGAAAUACAGAGGGCGCUAUCGGGCACGCGGACCCGCGCCAACUUAAGGAGUAUAUGGAAGAUAACGGAAUUCCAUGUUGGAUAGAUGUGGAGAGAGUCGGAAAGGCUGGGUUAUUUGAGGACAUUACUGAUGGGCUGAAGCAUGCAGAGGUAGUAGUGGCAUGUGUCUCUGAUCAGUACGCUCACUCCGGCAUGUGUCUGAAGGAAUUCCGCUUCACGGCAAUGAUGUUGAAGCUGCCGCUCAUUAUGGCUGUGGUGGGCACCGGCGCGGAGUGGGAGAGAACUGAGAUCGGCUUGCUCAGCCUCGGCAUUCCCAAGAUAGACUUCCGCUACAGCCGAGACUCGGCUGCCCCCGACCUCCUCCUCGGCCUGGUGAGGGAGAAGCUAGCUGAGAGGGACAGACAGAAGCAGCAGGAAGAGGAGGAAGGGAAGAAGGAGGAGAAUGAGCAACAGAAGCAGGAGGCAGAGCCGGGACACGACUCCAGCAGGGACCAUCAGCAAGCUGCCUUCCAGGAACUAUACGAGCUGGCACAGCGGAAGCUGCUGAGGGAGCUGACUGGUUACUGCGACGCUGCCAGCGCCCUCUAUCCACGCCUCAUCGUCGCCGACCUCGUCGACGCUGACGACGAACCACAGCGCCAUCUGACGGCGACCGCCACCGACAACGAACCUCAGCGCCCUCUAAAGGUGGCUGCCGGCAGCGGACCGGUCAGAAACAAGAGAGAGGGGUCGGUGGGGAAGGACAGAGAGGAGGAUGCGGUUGUGAAACGCGAGAGCGAGAGCGCGGCAAGCAGCGAGAGCCCCAUAGGUGGCGCCGGUGAGCUUGCAGGGGCGGGGGAGGUGCGUGGCGAGGGGAGAGACACGGCAGUGAGCGGCGGCGGCACAGUCGAAAAGUCAUUUGCCAUGAAGACUAAGACACUCAGGCGACAAAAGACGAGAGAGAGGAUGGACGGAGAUGCCGCUGCGAACAGUCGGAAACCUGCGAAGAAGGGCGAAGAAAGCCGGAAUAGGAGAGAUCCGGAGAAGGAAGGCACCAUCAAGACAAGUAAAAAUCCCCCGAUUGCGGCGGGAGAGGGGCAGCGCGGGGGCGAUGGGACAGGGAAGCGGGCGGCAGGGAGGGAGGAAGAAAGCAGCGGGGAGGCGUCGUCACGGCGACGGCCUGGUACGGCAGCUGCGGCUGGGAUGAAGCCAGCCUACGUGUCGACGGCAGGAGCAAUGCGGGCGGAUAACUUCUGCUUCCGACUGCUCUGUGAGCAUGAGCAGAAGAGUGCUGGUAGCUCAGAGUUCAGCAGCAGCUACCUGGACAUGAGACAGACCGUCAUGAGGUGUGACAAAUCCAGAGACAUGGGCGGACUCCGCAGGUCCGUUCUGCUGCCAGCAGACGACAUCGUCAUCGUCAUCGUCACCGUCAUCGUCAUCGUCGGUGGCGAGUUCGUGGAAGAGUAG